GCUUCCGGCGCGCCGCCGGUCCAAAUCCAAAAUGGCAGCGGCAGCGGUAUCUGUGUUCCGGGUUUCUCGACUGCUCGGUCGGUCCCGUCCACAGGUGGGGCGGCCCAUGUCGAGUGGUGCCCAUGGCGAGGAGGGCUCAGCUCGCAUGUGGAAGGCCCUCACCUAUUUCGUCGCGCUGCCCGGGGUGGGAGUGAGCAUGCUGAAUGUUUACCUGAGAUCGCACCACGAAGAGCACGAGAGACCCGAGUUCAUCGCCUACCCCCAUCUCCGCAUCAGGUCCAAGCCCUUUCCCUGGGGAGAUGGUAACCAUACUCUGUUCCAUAAUCAUCAUGUGAAUCCGCUUCCAACUGGCUAUGAAGAUGACUAAAGAGAACCUGGACUAUCAGCCAGGCACCAGGGACCACAGCACUGGUUUGGACCAUUCCUCUGCAUGUGGACCAGAAAAGUGUACGGGACCUUAAGCUCACCUUUCUUUGCUGUAUCAAAUGACAGUUAUACUGAUCUUCCAUCCCUUUGCUUGUGGCAGGAGAUGGCUUAAAUAAAUAGCUUAAACUUAGAUUGGUUAUGA